AUGGGCAACAGUUCUUCCAAGAAACGCUUCUCCCUGAACUCUCUGAACAUACAAAGCCAAUCUAAAAUCAUUGAGGGUUCUAUAAAUGACAAGGAAAGCGCGAAAGACAAGAAAGAAAAUGGGCAUUCUUAUAAUACUGGUUCUGUUAAUUCACUAUCAAAGAGUCUCUUAGCUGUUGAUACUAAUAAAAAUAACUCCCAAAGUAAUACGUCACCUAAUUCAGAGGAAAAUUCUCCGAUCUCACCAUCUUCACCUUCAACACCAAUGGAGAGAAUUCUCAUGCGAACAAAUGAUGAUGAUGAAUUUACUGUAAACGGUCUUAAUACUCCUGUCACUCCUACCAAUGGGAGUAUUCCAAAUUCUUUUACCAAGGAUCGUCCAAAAUCUUUCGACAUUGAUGAUAUGAUACGACGCUUAAUCAACGCUGGUUCUUCUAAUAAAGUUUCUAAAACAGUAUGUCUCAAAAAUAACGAAAUAAAUGCAAUCUGUCAAUCUGUUCGAGAGAUAUUUUUAUCACAACCGACCCUUAUUGAGCUUUCACCCCCUGUUAAAAUUGUCGGUGAUGUUCAUGGUCAAUAUUCCGAUCUUUUACGUUUAUUUGAAAUGUGCGGUUAUCCUCCUAUGGCUAAUUAUUUAUUUUUGGGUGACUACGUGGAUCGUGGAAAACAAAGCUUAGAAACUAUUCUUUUAUUACUUUGUUACAAAAUUAAAUUUCCUGAAAAUUUUUUUUUGUUACGGGGGAAUCAUGAAUGUGCUAAUGUAACUAGAGGACUUGGCGUAAUUUCACCAUGGGGUUUUGUACAAAAAUCAAGGCAAUUCAAAGACAAAUAUAAAGAAAAAUUCUUAUCAUUGGCAGUAGAUUUACAAUCUGACAAGCUUGAUAUAGAAGAAAAAUCUAGCACCAAUGAAUAUGAAAUUUCCUUAAUUAAAAAACAACUUAAUAAUUUA